UUGAAAUGUUAUUUUCGUCUACUGCUUCAUAUUUGGAUUGCAUUAUUAAAACAUCUGGAAAAGAGCAUUUAAAUGAAACUACUAAUUUUGUUUAUUAGUUAAUUAAACAUCUUAUAAGAAAGUUCUCUGUUAGCUUUCGCGCUAAAGGAGCAAUUUUAUGACUUUUAAAUAUUUUGAUUUUAGGUAGCGCAGUUUUGUUAAAAAAUGUCUGAACAAGAUCUGUCACUUUUAUGUUCUGUGAAAAUUAAUUAUUUAGAUAACAAAGGCUGUGCUACUAGAAACAUUGCAAAUGCCAAAAGUGUACUGCAACUUGGACGAAAUGAAUUUAGAGAUAUUAUUUUGAAGAUAGAUUGCGGAAAAACUAACUAUGCCUAUGGAAUUAAAGACAUGACUCUUCAUACUAAAUUUGUGAAAGAAGGGAAGGCCACUAUAACCUUAAAAAGUCCAUAUAUUCAAAUAUUUAUUUCAAACUGCCCUCCUGGUAAACUGAAUGCAUUUUUGAAAACAUUAUUAGCAAAGGUUGAAAGCCUGAAAGACACAAAACGUAUAGGAACGAAAGAACGAUUGUUAUCGACAAAACCUCGAAGUUUUGAAGAAAUUAGUCCAUUAACUGCUGUUGAUGUCACUGCUUUACACAAUCGAUUAAACAAUGGGAAGCAAAAUAAAUACCCACAGACACCUACAUCCCUUAAGAGAAAAAGAGAUGGAGAAGAAAAUACUACACCUAGCAGGAAAAUUAUGAGUGUUCCCAGACCUAUGCUUCCCCGAUUAUUGACAGCUGAACAAAGAAGUGUGAUGAGUGCUGUUAUGAGUGGAAGAAAUAUUUUUUUCACUGGUAGUGCUGGCACUGGCAAAUCUUUUCUUUUAAAAAGAAUUUUAGGUGCUUUGCCCCCUGAAAGUACUUUCGCUACAGCUAGUACUGGUGUGGCUGCUUGUCAAAUAGGAGGAAUUACAUUGCAUGCAUUUGCUGGAAUUGGCUCAGGUUCAGCUCCUGUUGAACAAUGUAUACAACAAGCUUUAAAGAAAGGAAAGUCAGGCUCUUGGAAGCAGUGUGAGCAUUUGAUUGUUGAUGAAAUUUCAAUGGUUGAUGGUGAAUUCUUUCAGAAAAUUGAUAAAAUUGCCCGUUCAGUAAGGAAUAAUGAUAAGCCAUUUGGUGGAAUUCAACUUAUACUUAGUGGAGACUUUUUGCAGUUGCCACCAGUAUGCAGGAAGGGGCAGAACAGAGUAUUUUGCUUCCAGAGUUCUGCUUGGAGAAGUUCUAUUGAUGUGAAUAUUGAGCUACAUCAGGUUAAAAGACAAGAUGAUAAAGAUUUCAUUGAUAUUCUGCAGGAUGUUAGGAAAGGAAGAUGUAGUAAAGAACUUAUUGAAAAGUUAAAGUCUACAUCUAAGCGUAGAGUGGAUAAAGAUGGUAUACUGGCCACAAAACUAAGUACACAUAAAGAAGAUGUGGAUAUUUUGAACUCAUCUCAUCUUGAGAAAUUACCAGAACCUCAAUCUUCAGUAACUGCAAAGUGGGUUUCGAAAGACGGAAAAGCUAGAGCAACUAUAGGUAUACCAAUUAGGCUAUAA